GGCGGCGGCGGCGGCAGCGGCAACAUUAGGAUGAACAGCCCCAUCGGCGGCAGCCUGAACACGGAUUCGUCCUCGGCGCCCGCCAGGGCGUCCAACGCGCUCAUCAUCCCCAUCACCAUGGAAGUGCCCUGCGACAGCGGGCAGCGCAUGUGGUGGGCCUUCCUGGCCUCGUCCAUGGUCACCUUCUUCGGGGGUCUUUUUAUUAUCUUGCUCUGGAGGACCCUCAAGUACCUGUGGACCGUCUGCUGCCAUUGUGGGGGCAAGGAGAAGGAGGCCCAGAAGAUAACUGGCAAUGGGGAGACCCAGGCAGAUGGGGAUUUGAAAGGCACAGAUGACAAAGAGGAAACUGUGGCAGCAGAAGUGGGCUGGAUGACCUCUGUUAAAGACUGGGCAGGGGUGAUGAUUUCAGCCCAGACCUUAACUGGCAGAGUUCUUGUGAGUGUUCCCAACCUUGUUUCAAUUUCUUCCUACUUUCUGUUAAAUUUGGAUUCCAGUGGCUAG